AUGCUGUCUUCCUCAUCUUCCUCGUCGGAAGAUGAGACGCCUAUCGAACUCAUAGAAGCCAAGGGAUCUUCCUCUGAUGAAAGUGCCCCGCCAGCACGUUCGGGGGAACGUGGCAUGGUGGGCAUGUGGACGUGGCCGUGUCCCAGAUGCUACGGGAAAACUUUCGAUAUGAGAGUUCAGCUGGGCACUCUAAAGCCAAUCGAUUGGGAUAAGCAGACUUUGGCUGAGAAGUUUCGCUCGGCUCUGCAGAAGCGGGGGCAGAAAAUGAUCAUCGUAUCCGAGCCCCACAAAAAGUGGGACGCUCAAACAGAGCGUAGAGAGCAACACUAUCAUGUGGUAGUCAAAUUCCAGAGGCCGUUCGCUCACUACAAAGUGAACCAGGACAUGUCUGCGCUGGGAGCAAAAGGUUUUUGGGCGUUCAAUUUGUGUGGCCUUGCCGUGUAUUUGCACUACAUCCUCCGAGAAAGCGCAAAGAAGAUAGGCGCAGACAUCGAUCCAGAACCAUACUUCUGGCCAGAGAGUUUCACAGCAUCACACGCGGCAGAGAUCAUGGACAGAGUUUCAAACAGUCAGCUGCAUCGAAAUGGAAACGAAGGUGUCAAAGCUGCUUGCUCCAAGCGUCCGACCAAGCGUCGGAAGUCAUUGUCCUUUUCGGAGUUUACGGACCUGGUCAUAGAAGCUGGGGUGGAAACGGAACAGCAAUUAUUUCAGUUGGCCAAGGACCAAAAACUGAAAGGGCACGAUCUUCUUUGGAAUUUUGUCGGCCAAGCAAUCCAUCCAGAGCGGCUUCUGGCCAGGUGCCUGCGUGCUUGGAAUUCGGAGAAGAUGCCCCCAACACUUCUUCAUACAACUUCUAAGUUCGGCGUGGCUGACUUCGAGAUUCCUCCCGGUCUCCAGGAAUGGCGUGACAAACACCGAUUGGAUCGCACACUGGUUCUCAGUGGGCCUGGGAACUGUGGCAAGACGGCUCUGUGCGCCGCCCUGCUGGCGGAACACGGUGCUUACUAUUUUUUUGGACAAGCUGGAUGUGGUCAAGCGAUGUUUGUUUCAAAGCACGACAUCUCUUUUGGUUGA